AUGGAAGCAGCACAAUAUCCAAAACAAGAACGCAGUUCUUACCGGAUGGAAAUGACAAUUCAAUCGUCAGAAAAUGACCGAACAAGUACCGAACUCCGUGCACUCGACUGUAAUCUCACAUCUCUCUGUGAUCACAUCCAAAUCGAAGGUUUCAAUUCCGGUUCUUUCUCUGAUAUUAUCGUUCACGCUAUGGGCUCCACCUACCACCUCCAUCGCCUCAUUCUCUCUCGCAGCUCUUACUUCAGGAAUAUGUUGCACGGUCCAUGGAAAGAAGCCACUUCGCUUGUUGUUACAUUAAAGGUGGAUGAUAAAAAUGUGAAUUCGGAAGCAAUUGCUGUGGCUUUGGCUUAUUUGUAUGGCCAUCACCCUAAGCUUAAUGACAAUAAUGCCUUUCGCGUCUUAGCUGCCUCUUCAUUUCUUGACCUUCAGGAUUUGUGUGCCAUUUGUACGGAUUUUAUUAUUUCCGAAUUGUGGACUUCAAAUUUCUUGGCGUAUCAGGUGUUCGCAGAGAGUCAAGAUUAUGGAAUCCAUGGGGAACGUGUGAGAAAUGCUUGCUGGGGUUACCUUUGUCAAAGUGGUGCGAUUGAGCUGAAAGAGGUGCUUCCAAAACUUUCCUCUCAAACUCUGCAUGCAUUACUGACCUCAGAUGAACUUUGGGUAUCUAGUGAAGAGAAACGGUUUGAACUGGCAUUGUACACUUUUCUCGCCAAAGGUGCUUUUUGCAAGAGUGAACAUUCUGAGCAAGAAAGUCCCUGUGCUGAGGCGAAUAUGGACGUUCAUUCUGACUCUUCUAAAGCAAAGGGAAAAAAUUUGAGUGGUAGCUGCACUAGUAAGGCAUUGGAAUCUGAACUUGGAUGCUUAGCUUUAAAAGAUGACCUAGAAGGACGUGAUGCUGCUCAUAAUCUUCUGGUUGAACUUGUUGAUUGUGUGGUUGACUUCCAGCCAGGGGUUUCCGAUUCCAAACAGCAGGCACAACAGGUUGCAUACACUCAUUCGAAUUUGGGGACUGUACAUCCUUGCAAUGUGGGACAAUCUUUGUCACUGAGCAACUCAUUUUCGGAAAUGAAUGCAAAUGGAACCUCAUGCUCUUAUGUAGAAAUGCCAAUUGUUGCUGGGACAAGUGGACUAGAAUCUAGUGGAGUAGUGGAGGGACCAUCUGAAGAAGGUUCAUACCAUUUGAAUAAUACUAAUUGGCUUGCGAGCAACCAAUCUAGGCAUUGCAGUUCUCUAGACCCUUCUGGUAAUGGGCUCAUUCUCAAUGAUUGGGAAAGAUGUGACAUGCCUCCUCUUUCGUGGGGUGGUAGGGUCGUGGGCAGAAGACAGGUAAAAGGUUAUGCUAAAGGGGACUGCAGGUUUCACAGGGAGAAUUAUGAUACUUUUGUGAGUAUAUUUGAAGGGGGUUCUCUUUUGUAUUGCAACAUGUCUUUUGAGGCACUUUUAAAUGUAAGAAAGCAGCUUGAAGAGUUGGGUUUUCCUUGCAAAGCUGUGAAUGAUGGUCUUUGGCUGCAGAUGCUUCUGAGCCAGAGGGUGCAGGAAAUUGAUGCUGACACAUGUAAAAUGUGCUGCCUAAUGAGUAUGGCGUGCACUUGCAGGCAGCCAUUUGGGAUUUCGCAUGGAGUCGCCACCACGGGUUAUUAUGUGCAAGAGCAUGAGCACCACAGUUCUCCUGGUGGUGUGACUAAUGUCUAUGUUGCUGAUUCUGCUCAAGAGGGAAAUGGCCUCUUUAGGCCAGUACGAGUGCAUGUUAGGGGACCUAUUGAUGGGCUAGCAGGUAUUGGGCGCGGAACUACAUUUGUGCCAGCAGCUGCAUGGCCACCCACACGUUUUGUCUUUUCUCGCGUGCCAUUUGGUGUGGGUAACAGAAAUUGCCAGCAGUCUGGUGCUAGUGAUGAUUCAGAGAACAGAACUGACCAUAAUGGAGACUUAUCUGGUGAUGGAUUGACAGCUCUUGUUGGUUUAAGUCAAGGGGGAGCAACAUUGUCAAAAACCUCAGUUUCAGCACCAAGCACCAGUGGCAUCCCUGUCCAGAUGCUAGACUCACCGGAACAUGCAAUUGGAUUUGAGUGGGAGAAUGCAAGCAACUCUAUAUCGUUAGAUAUGAAAACACCUAUAAGUCAUUUCCCUCCAUUUCGUUUUGGGGUUGAAUUUGAGGAUGUGCACAGGCUCAGUGAUGGCCAAGUCAAGCACUCUCCAGAAUUCUUUUAUGCUGGUUCUCUCUGGAAGGUUAGUGUUCAGGCCUUUAAUGAUGAAGAUCCUCAAGGACGUCGAACUCUUGGAUUGUUUCUUCACCGAAGGAAGGCAGAGAUUACUGAUUCCCUCAGAAAGGUUCAUAUGUAUGUGGACUCUCGUGAAAAGGUUACUGCUCGUUUUCAGCUGAUUUGUCCGUCAAAGAGAGAAGUGAUGGUGUUUGGAAGACUCAAACAAAGGGGCACUCUUUUACCCAAAGCUCCUAAGGGAUGGGGCUGGCGUGCUGCUUUGUUUUUCGAUGAGCUUGCAGAGCAACUCCAAAAUGGGACCUUGCGAGUGGCUGCAGUUGUGCAACUCGUGUGA